GUUUCAAAAGAAGAAAUAUAAAGGAAGUCGAGGUCUUCUGAGUUCUGUGCAUCCCCUUUUGGAUCCUAAAUUUCUAAUCUAUUAAUCCUCCGUGCUCCGGUCUGGUUACGCGUCAAAUCUGGCUUGAUCAACGAGGAGAUUGGAGCUGUGAUCCUCCCAGUCAGGUACAUCAGUUGAAAGCAGUAGGGAGAAACUGAAGAAGAGCCAAGACAGCCUAUAGAGCAACAUGGCCACUAUACCACUAGGCACUGGCGUUGGAUGGGUUGUUUCUCCAGUCAUCAAGCUUAUGUUUGAGAAGGUCCAAUCGUAUAUAUCAACCCAGUACAAGUGGCAGUCCAAUUUGGAGGAUGACCUUAAAAAGCUUGAGACCAUUUUGACUGAAAUCCUUUUGGUAGUAGGCACUGCAGAAAGGCAGAGCACACUUGAUUUCAAUCAGCAAGCUUUACUCUGCCAGCUGAAGGAUGCCGUCUACGACGCUGAGGACAUCUUGGAUGAAUUUGACUACGUGCUUCUGAAAGCAAAUGCUGAAAAGGGAAAGCUAAGAAGCUUCAGCUCCAGUUCUAUUUCCAUUGCGAAGCGUUUGGUUUGCCAUGACAAGUUCAGGUCCAAGUUGGGAAAUGUGCUUAAAAGCUUGAGUAGAGUAAAAGAAUGUGCUGAAAUGCUUGUCAGAGUGAUGGGAGUACAAAACUCUAGCUUACGCAUGCUACCUGAGCCACCUCAAUGGCGCAUCACCAGUUCGUUUUCACUUGAUGAGUUUGUGGUUGGUCGUCAAAAGGAGCAGGAUGAAUUAGUAAAUCAAUUGUUGGAACAAGUUGAUAGACCUCAGCCAAGAAGCAAAAGAGAAAGAUCAGCAUCGCCAGAGGUAAUUACUAUAGUUGGCAGUGGUGGAAUUGGAAAAACUACUUUAGCUCAACUUAUUUACAAUGAUAAAAGAAUAGAGGAUAAUUUUGAUAUGAGGACAUGGAUAUGUGUCUCACAUGUCUUUGAUAAGGUCAGGAUCACCAAAGAAAUCCUAACAUCUAUUGACAAGAGGAUUGACCUAACGAACUUUAAUUUUAGCAUGCUGCAAGAAGAGCUCAAGAAAAAGGUAACAACGAAGAAGUUUCUGCUUGUGUUGGAUGAUGUUUGGUAUGAUGAAAAAGUUGGGGGGGCCAUAAACGCUGAUAGGUGGAGAGAAUUAUUUGCUCCUUUAUGGCAUGGGGUGAAAGUAAUCAAGAUUUUAGUUACAACAAGAAUGGAUAUUGUUGCAAAUACAUUAGGCUGUGUCACUUCAUUCUCUUUAAGCGGUCUAGGGGGUGAAGAUAGCUGGGAGCUUUUCAGAAGGUGUGCAUUCAACACUAGAGAUCCAAAUGAACAUCUGGAACUGAAGUCUAUAGGUGGACGAAUUGUGCAAAGAUUGAAUGGCUCAGCAUUAGCUAUAAAAACUGUCGGUGGGCAUCUUAGUUCAAACUUCAACAAUAAAGAAUGGAACCAAGUUCUAAAAAGUGAUCUAUCAAAUGAGAAAGAUAUUAUGACAAUUUUACGUCUAAGCUACGAAUGCUUGCCGGAGCACCUUCAGCAAUGCUUUUCGUUCUGUGGAUUGUUCCCAAAAGGUUAUUAUUUUGAGCCUGACAUGUUGGUGAACAUGUGGAUAGCUCAUGAAUUUAUUCGGGAUCAUCGACACACUUAUAGAAGUUUGAGUAGCACAGGAAAAAGUUAUUUUGAUGAGCUGUUAUCAAGAUCAUUUUUCCAGGCACUUUUGUAUGGAGGUACAGUACAUUAUGUUAUGCAUGACCUCAUGAAUGAUCUUGCUGUCCAUGUAUCCAAUGGCGAGAGCUAUAGAGUAGAAGCUGACGAACCUGAAGAUAUUUUGCCAGAAGUUCGACAUCUGUCUAUACCGGCAGAAAGAAUUGACCUUCUUCGUGUCUGUAAGCUGCAAAGGUUACGCACACUAAUAAUUUGGAAUAAAGACAGUCCUUUUUGCUCAGGAAUUUGUUUGGAAGCAGAUGUUUUCAAGGAGUGCAAGAGCAUGAGAUUAUUGGACUUGAGUGGUUGCUGCUUAAAAAGUUCACUUGACUUUAUAAAUCAUAUGAUACAUCUUAGGUGCUUAACACUUCGAAACACCAACCAGCCACUACCUGAUUCUCUCUGCGGUCUUCACCAUUUACAAAUGUUGUCUGUACAGCCACAUUCAUGUUUUACAAAUACAAGACUUGUUAUCUUCCCCAAAAACCUGGAUAAAAUGAGCAGCAUUUUGCAUAUAGAUAUUCAUAGGGACCUCCUUGUUGAUUUAGCUUCUGUGGGGCAUAUGCCAUAUCUUCGGGCUGGUGGAGAAUUUUGUGUUGAAAAAACAAAAGUGCAGGGAUUAGAGGUGCUAAAGGACAUGGAUGAACUUCAGGAAUUUCUUAUAAUCAAGUCUCUUGAGAAUGUGAGUAACAAGAAUGAGGCAACUAAUGCUCAGCUUGUUAACAAGAGUCAAAUAUCUAGAUUGAAGCUGCAAUGGGGUCCUAAUAUCGAUAGCAAGUCAGAUGAGGAGUCUGAUGUGCUUAAUGCUUUAAGACCUCAUCCUGGCCUUGAGGAAUUGACUCUUGGUGGAUACCCAGGUUGCAAAUCUCCGUCUUGGCUGGAUUCCAAGUGGCUGUCUAGAUUGAAACACAUUAACAUUUAUGAUUGCACAUGUUGGAAGUUGCUUCCACCUUUAGGUGAUCUACCAUGUCUCAGGGAACUUCAUAUUGAUACAAUGAACGCAUUAGAGUGUAUAGGCACAUCUUUCUAUGGAGAUGCUGGCUUUCCCUCCCUGAUAACACUAGGAUUGACAGAAUUGCCAGAGCUGGAAGAUUGGUCUUCUGUCGAUUAUGCUUUUCCUGUUCUUCAUGAUGUAUUCAUCAGCAGGUGCCCAAAACUGAAUGAACUGCCAGCAGUCUUCCCUCCACCUGUAAAAAUGAAAGUUCUCUCAUCCACAAUCGUUUGCACGCAGCAUACUGAUCAUCACCUGGACACAUGCAUCAGUCAAAACGUUAGUUUAACCAGCCUUGUGGGUAUUUUUCAUCUUUGUCACUUGGAUUCUGAGGAUAUUGCAGACAUCAGCUUUGACAGAGCAGACAUGUUGAACGAUGGGCUUAGAGAUUUAAGCCCCAUUCUUCCAUCCCAUGGAGGACCGUUUAUCGACUGGUGCUCUGAUUUUCACUGUACAUUUGUGAGGUUAAAUGAAAUGGAAAUGGUAAGUUGCCCCAAUGUAACAUCAUUGGUGGACUUUGGGUUAUUUCCUGCUCUCCGGAACUUGAUCAUAAUGGAUUGCCCAAAUUUGAAGGAAUUGCCAGAGAAUGGCAACCUAACAGCAUUGUCAAAGGUUCUUAUAGAGGACUGCAACAAACUUGUAUCACUUGGGAGCCUAAAAAACCUUUCUUUCCUCACCAAACUGGAGAUCAGAAAUUGCCUGAAGUUAGUGGCUCUGCCUGAGAUGGUUAACUUCUUCUCCCUCAGAGUCGUGAUCAUACAUAACUGCCCUGAACUUGUUUCCUUACCGGAAGAUGGUCUUCCUCUGACCCUUAACUUUUUGUAUUUGAGCGGAUGUCAUCCAUUGCUAGAGGAGCAGUUUGAAUGGAAUCAUGGUGUUGAGUGGGACAAGUAUGCCCUGUUGCCGUCAUGUUUGUAUGUUGAUAAAUCGAUAGAAUAUAGUCAAGAUAUAGCUGAGGAAAUAAUUCUUGAGAAUGAUAUAAUCGAGCUGUCAAUUCAGACCAGUGUACUGCAUCCAACUGAUUCUGCAGCAAGCUCUUCCCGUUUACUUCAGUGAACUGUCUGGGCUAUCUAUCUAUUGUGGCAUAGAUCGAGAUGGAAAAGACCGAGCAUUCCGUGCAUUGAAGCUCUAGGUCUGCCCGGUGAUUACUCAUGGCAUGUUGUUGCACCUACCUGUCACUGUGCUGACCCAGCAAAAAAAAUCCACCUAUGUGUUUCAUUUUAAUCAAGCCAACUUAUUAUGAGGCUUGUGCAUUUUCGCAAUCUAAACCUAUUGUUUAUGCAUUACAGAGCAUUCACCGUCCCUUGCCUGCAUUUUAUACUUUUGCCCCAAGAUGUAAUAUGCUGAACUGCUAGAUUGUGUUCAUGAAUUGAUUUCUGAACAUGCUUGCCACGUCAUUCACUUAUUCGGUCAUUUACAGAAGUUACUAGUUCUGUCUGUGUAUGUGUAGCUGUACUACUGUAGCAUGUACAUUUUUCUGCCAUGUUACUUUCGAUAGGAGGAUCUUCAAGAAGGUGCGAGUUCGUGCGGUCAAAAAUGGUGUACAGGCUGAUCUCGUGAUUCCUGUGUAAGUUCAUACUAUGCAAAUACUCGUCUUCAGUGUCGAUGUCUGCUUUUUGUUUCCUGGCCAAUUUUCAGAGAGAACAGAGCGGCUAUCUACUCGUUAAAACAAUUCUCA